AUGGAGUCAGUCAUUAAAGUUUCCAUGUCAGUUUGUCCUUUUGUUCAAUCUACUUCCACUCAAGCAUUGCGUCAAUUGAGUAAAUCUUCUGGUGGUUUGGCUCAACGUGCUCGCCAAUGUCCCUACAUGGCUGAUGCGCUUCACGCUCAAGAGCAACAUCAACAACAACACCAAGCCGUGAGAUCUUACUCUUCUGCUACCAACCCAAGAAGAGCAAGUGUUAGCCGUUCAGCUACCCCUGAUGCUUCUGCUUUCGUUCCACCACCAGCAUCACCAUACCGUUUGAAAAAUGAAAACUUGACCGGUGCUCAAGUCAAUUUCAAUGGAAAUGAACAAAAAUUCGAUUUUCAAGGGUUUUUGAACGACGAUUUGAAUAAAAAGAGAACUGAUAAAUCAUAUCGUUUCUUUAACAAUAUCAAUCGUUUAGCUAACGAGUUCCCCAAAGCUCAUCGUGCUCAAGAGAAUGAUAAGGUUACUGUUUGGUGUUCAAAUGAUUACCUUGGAAUGGGUAAGAAUGAAUCCACUUUAAAUGAAAUGAAACGUGUUUUGGACAAGUAUGGAUCAGGUGCUGGUGGUACUAGAAAUAUUGCUGGUCAUAAUGCUCAUGCUAUCAAAUUAGAAUCUGAAUUAGCUGCUUUGCAUAAGCAUGAAGCGGCGUUGGUUUUCAGUUCAUGUUUUGUUGCCAAUGAUGCGGUAUUGUCAUUGUUCGGACAAAAAAUUAAAGAUUUGGUAAUCUUUUCUGAUGAAUUGAACCAUGCGUCAAUGAUUCAAGGUAUUAGAAACUCUCGUGCAAAGAAACAUAUUUUUAAGCAUAAUAACUUAGCUGAUUUAGAGGAAAAGUUGGCUCAAUAUCCCAAAUCCGUCCCCAAAUUGAUUGCAUUUGAAUCAGUUUACUCCAUGUGUGGAUCAAUUGCUCCAAUUGAAGCUAUCUGUGACAUGGCCGAAAAAUACGGUGCAGUCACCUUUUUAGACGAAGUUCAUGCUGUUGGUAUGUAUGGUCCUCACGGUGCUGGUGUUGCUGAACACUUGAAUUUUGAAGCCCAUUUGAAACUGGGUAUCAAUCCUGCUGAUAUUGAAACUGUUAUGAGCAGAGUUGAUAUGGUUACUGGUACUCUUGGUAAAGCUUAUGGAUGUGUUGGUGGUUAUGUUACUGGUAAAGCCAAUAUGAUUGAUUGGUUUAGAUGUUAUGCACCUGGUUUCAUUUUCACCACUAGUUUGCCACCAGCAAUUAUGGCUGGUGCCGCCGAAUCCAUCCGUUACCAAAGAGCUACCUUGAAAGAUCGUAUUGCUCAACAGAAAAACACUAGAUAUGUCAAGGAAAAUAUGAACAAGUUGGGAUUGCCAGUUAUCCCAAACCCAUCCCAUAUUGUUCCAGUUUUAAUUGGUAAUGCUUACGAUGCUAAAAGAGCUUCUGACAUGUUAUUAGAUAAACACAAGAUUUAUGUUCAAGCCAUCAAUUUUCCCACUGUUCCAAUUGGUGAAGAGAGAUUAAGAAUCACUCCAACUCCAGGUCAUGGACCAGAAAUCUCCAAUCAUUUGAUUGAAGCUGUUGAUGAUGUUUUUAAUGAAUUGAAUUUGAAGAGAAUCAAUGAUUGGACUGCAACUGGUGGAUUAUGUGGCGUAGGUCAAGCUGAUUGUGCUUCAACUCAACACAUUUGGACUGAUCAACAAUUGGCUUUAACUGAUGCUGAUUUGAAUCCAAAUGUUAUUGAUCCUAUUGUCGCUCCAUUGGGUGUCUCAUCAGGUGUCGCUUUGUAG